UCCGUCACCAGCUCAGUCCCAGGGACAUCACUGCUCAGUAAUGUGGUCUUCUUGGAGGCGCCAGGAGCCCAGCUCCAGCACCAGCUCCUUCCGAGGGUCAUCACCAAUGAGUUCCUCUAUGUCGAGCAGUUCUCAGAGGAUGUAUAAUGCCAUUCAGUUUCUGCUGCGCAAGAGCAUCCCUGGGCAUGGGAAGGUCUUCGACAAAGUGCCAGAGGCAGAAAUGCAGCCUGGGGACAUCAUUCUUGUCCCCAUGCAAGAUAAGAACCUCCUUUACUGCCUCUUCAAACACGCAGCUGUCUACAUCGGGGAUGGAGAGCUCAUACACUUCCAGGAAAUCUCUGGUCAGGGUAGCAAUGGUCAGAUCAGCAAGGAAGGCUUCCAGGCCAUGAAAAUGGCAACACGGAAUUACCAGAUCUACCGGAAAAGAGGAGGGAUUGACCUCAAUGACUUCCGUAGCAAAGUCAAGGAGGCAAUGCACAGCGAAGCUGAGUAUCACCUAGGCACCAACAACUGCAUCCACUUUGCCCUCUGGCUUCUGGGCUUGGCAGACUUCUACAGGAAACUGGUGGAAUUCCACGAAGAAGUUGACAAAGAAAAGGCUGUGGAAAUCUCUGAUGAAGAUGGCAGAGAGGAGGCCAUGAGUAUCCCCAGUGACAGCCCUUCCAGGCAGGGCUCUGGUAUCCCUGGGACAGCUGCAGUGUCAUCAAAGGGGUUUGUGCUCCAUCAUGAGAGGGACUGGCAACAGCCACAUCAGCCUGAGCAUGACCAGCCCUGACUCACGGAAGAGCCUCAGCAUUGCCCCACGCACCCCAACACCUCAUCCCAGGGAAGGCCCUUUGCUGAGGAGGAGCUGUUCCCUUCUGCUUGCUGCAGCUUCAUUGCCAUGCAUUCAUGAGGGGCUUCAUUCCUGCUCCCUCCAUUACAUGUCCCCAUUUCCCUCCACCAACAUCUACAAUGACAAUAAAGCAGAGAGCACAAGACAAUGCAGAAGGUACUGCCUGGGUGUCCUAGAGCAGACAACGUGUCCCCAGGCAGCUGGGCUGGGCUGGGCUGAGCUUGGGCUGCUGCCAGGAGCCCAGCCAGCUGCCCCAUGCCUGCCCUCCUCAGCUG